GGACAGGGGCCGAGGCCGGGACUCCCGACCCCGGUGCCCUCCCAGACCGCCGCUUCCUGCUCUGUCUCUACCUGGUUGGCUUCUUGACAGCAGCACUGAUGCUUGGUAACAUUAGCUUCCCAAGGACACAUCUUUAUUUGUAGAUGUUAGAGCUGGAAUUGAGAACUGUCUGUCUGACUCCAAAGCGCAUGCACUUUCGAUGACUUAGCUGCAGAAUGCGGUCUUCCAUCAAUAUACCAGCCUUCUCUCUCCUUCCUGCUUUACUGAGACUUUCUUUCCAGGAUUUGUUUGGUAUCAGCAUGGUUGUACCUUUAUUGAGCCUUCGCGUCAAGUCUCUUGGAGCAAGUCCCACAGUCGCUGGAAUAGUAGGCUCCUCCUACGGCAUUUUGCAGCUCUUUUCUAGCACACUGGUGGGCUGCUGGAGCGAUAUGACUGGAAGACGGACUUCCUUGCUGGUGUGUAUUCUGUUCAGUGCCCUGGGUUAUCUCAUUCUUGGAGCGUCUACCAACGUGUUCCUGUUUGCCCUCGCUAGGGUCCCUGUGGGUAUUUUUAAACACACACUCUCCAUUUCAAGGGCUCUGCUUUCCGAUCUGGUUUCAGAGAAGGAACGGCCAUUAGUAAUUGGACAGUUCAAUACAGCAUCUAGUGUGGGCUUCAUCUUGGGCCCCAUGGUUGGUGGAUAUCUUACUGAACUAGAUGAUGGAUUUUAUCUAACAUGCUUCAUCUGUUUUUUGGUCUUCUUGCUCAAUGCUGGUCUCGUUUGGCUGUUUCCAUGGAGUGACAUAAAAGUAAACAGUACAAAGACUGGCCUGCCACUGGGUAAGAACCGUGCGCUUUGGAGAAAGACAGACUAUGAAGGGCAGGAAGGAAGUCCCACCCCUGGGAGCGCGGCGCGUGGGAAGACCGCCGGGCCACCCUGGACGGAAGUCAUGUCCACACUGCGGGUCAUGAGAAGCCUGCUGUUUUCUGACAUGUGGGACAUAUUCCUAGUGCACCUGCUGAUGGCCGUGGCGGUCAUGCUGUACUACAGUAAUUUUGUCUUGGCCCUGGAGGAGCGCUUCGGGGUGAGUCCCAAGACUACAGGCUACCUCAUCAGCUACAGCAACGCCCUGGGGGCCCUGGCUGGCUUCGCCCUGGGGCCCAUCAUGCGGCUGUACGAGCACAAUUCCCACAGGAUCCUGCUGCACUCCAACACGCUCACCUUACUGCUGCUGCUGCUGUACUCCACUGCCCGCACCAUGGCGGCUGUGGUCCUCUCCUCCACGCUGCUGUGCUUCUCCACUGUCAUUGGCAGGACUUGUGUCAUGGACCUCCAGCUGACCGUGGGCGGGGCCCGGGCCAGCGGCACCCUCAUUGGCGUCGGGCAAUCGGUGACGGCGGUGGGCCGGAUCGUUGCGCCCCUCCUCUCGGGAGUUGCCCAGGAGGUCAGCCCUUGUGGCCCCCCCAGCCUGGGGGCCGCAUUAGCCUUGGUGGCUAUUUUCAUAAUGUCACUAAACAAACCUCGCAGUGGUGGUGACGGGAGUGAUAGAUUAAAAAGCGAAUAGAAUGGGUUUGGACAACAGGAAAGACCAAAAUCCGAGGUGUGUGAGUGAGGGACAGAGGCCACGAGGAGAAGCGUGCUUUGCAAGGGGUGGUGGUGUAAGUGACAAGACUUAUUUCCAGCCAGGUGUGCUUUGUCAGGAGGCCUCCAAUCAGUGCUCAGCUCUGCAUUUAGGCCUGCGGGGUGAUCAGAAGUCAGAGCCUUGUCAGAGGGGAAAGUAUUAAACGUGUGUAAAAGCCUCCUUUACCCAUGUGGGCCAAUGAGGUUAAAUCAAGGAGGGGGGUGGGGUGGGAGGAAUAGCAGUGGAAUAACAGAACAUGAUGUGUGUGAGAAGGGAGGGAAGAGACCCAAGAAUGCCUUACUACAUCAGAAUAGAAGAACACAUUAAUAAAAUGCCAGUCAGUGGCGACACAGGUGUUAUGUCCAAUUGUAUAAGCUAAGAGGGAGCUUAUCUACUAUCAAAAUCCUAGAUAAUGAAGAAGCUACUUUAUUAAAACCAGCCUGUCACUCUCUUAAGUCAUAACAAUGUUAUGAGUGCUGCUACUUCCACCUGGGGACCUGGUUAAAAAUCAGAUACCGGCCUCACCCCUAGGCCUGCUUCCUGGCCUCAUGAGGCCCAGAUAUCUGUUAUAUUGUAAGGACCACUUGCAGUUUCUCAUGGAGGUAGAAAAAGGACCAUUCUGAGUAUGUUGUUUUUACCAGAGAUUCGGUGGUUUUUAUUAAUAGCUAAUUCAAUUUGGACUCUGUUAAAAUUGUGUAAUAACGAUGUUAAACUUUCCCCAGCUCUCAGCAUUAUACCCCAUAACUUUUUAUGCAGAGUAAGAACCAGCUGUCAUGCCUUAUUGGAGGGACUUAAUUCUAUAGUGUCUUGUGUUGAAAAUCCUUUCUUUCAUCUUAUCAUGCUUGUGAACAGAAGAACUGUGUUGGUCUACAGCAGCAGUUCUCAACCUUCCUAAUGCUGCGACCCCUUAAUACAGUUCCUCAUGUUGUGGUGACCCCCAACCAUAA